GUAAAAGGGAAAGAGUUGUGUUGAGGAGAUGCGGAAUGCUCUGGUGGUUUUAUCAUCCACCACCUUCUCAACAUACGCCUUUUGGUACGCUUCCUGACAUUUAUGGACUAGUUGCUGGCAUCUCACAGUGCAUUUGCUCUAUAGUUCAGUAUGUUUACUGCCUUCGGCAUGCUGAUAGUCCUUUCAAAGCAUCCCUUUUGCCUGCCAUAUUUCUUAUGUGUUUAGGUGGUUCAAAACUAAGUAAGAACCAAAGGAACGCCAAUACCACUGAUAACAAGGACUCAUGGGAAAAUUCUUCAAGCACGGAAGAAACUUCGUUGCAUCCAAUCUCAAAGUAUUAUGCGCAAAAUAUACCAUUUCUUGAUGAUCAGGUGGUAGAGACCAAUUCGAACAAGUUCAGAAUCGGCAUGAACCUCUUCCAAAACGCCAAGGCGGUGCGCCUCCGCAGCCACCACGACAAGUACCUCCUAGCCGAGGAGGACGAAGUCUCCGUGACCCAAGACGGAAACGGGUCAUCCAAGAAGGCCCAAUGGACCGUCGAGUUCGUACCCGAAUCCGAUACCAUCAUCCGCCUAAAGAGCUGCUUCGGCAAGUACCUCACCGCUUCCAACCAGCCCUACCUGCUCGGCAUGAACGGUCGGAAAGUGCUCCAGACUCUGCCCCGGCUGCUCGACUCCUCGGUGGAGUGGGAGCCCAUCAGAGAAGGCACCCAGGUCCGGCUCCGGACCCGGUACGGCAACUUCCUCCAAGCCAAUGGGGGCCCGCCUCCGUGGCGCAACUCGGUGACCCACGACAUUCCUCACAGAACCGCCACUCAAGAUUGGGUUUUUUGGGAUGUGGAUAUCGUCGAGAUUCAUAUUCAGUCUCCGGUGCAUAAACCUUCGGCCCCACAGCCUCUUCCCCAUUCCGAUUCCCUGGAAUUCGAUUCCAGCUCCCCCUCUGCUGCUGCGAUCAAAGCUGACCGUUUUUCCAGACAAGAGGUGUAA